GAAGUCGGCACCUAAAAACUGUCGCACGGCACGAUGGCGCUGCUCAUGGACACCAGACUUCUAUUAAGAAAAGUUAAAGAUUUAAGGAGUUUGACGCCCAAACGAAACCGCGUGAAAGAGAAAUGGGCUGCUACGCAUCCCAAGCAUCCCCCUACCAGUCUAGCCCUGCAGCACUUUGAUACCACCUACAGUGUCCAGCUGGGGCACCUGUGGCCAUCAGUCCGAGUCGCCUUGCUCUCAGAGAGAAAAUAUGGAGCCCUGCUCAACAAUUUCUCCCACGAUGCUGUUCUGGAAGACCUCCAAGCAAAGGGAUGCAGAGACUUCAUCGAUGAUACAGAUACUGAGGCUCAGUCAUGCUUGGAGCAAGACUCUGCAGUUGGUGUGGAGGAGGAAUCCAGUGACCCUCCUGUGAAGAAAUCUGAUCCUGACGUUCAGCAUCUAUCUCACCUACAGCUUAGUCCUAACAUCAAGUGUGCAGUGUUUCCAACAGGGGAUAUCACAAGAUUCAAGCCUGCUAGACCAGACAUGCACAGGUUGUUGGGUUACUAUCUGCUGGACGCGGCGUCUGUGCUGCCUUGUCUCGCCCUGGAUGUUCAAAAAGGCCACAAUGUGCUUGACCUCUGUGCUGCUCCAGGAGGCAAGACCCUGGCUUUAUUUCAGACCCAGGCUAUCAGGUUUUUGUGUGUAAAUGACACCUCAGUGUCUCGGACACUGCGACUGAGAAGGGUCCUACAGAGCUACGUUCCUAAGGAGUUUUUGACAGACGACAACCUGCGUAUCACCUCCAUGGAUGGCACCAAGUGGGGGGAAAUCGAAAGGAACUCUUUUGACAGAGUCCUUGUUGAUGUUCCCUGCACUACAGACAGACAUUCAGUCAUGGAGGAUGACAACAAUAUAUUCAGUAAGAUGAGGACUGGAGAGAGACGGAGGCUACCACAGUUACAGCUGGAGCUGCUGCUGGCGGGAAUCAAAGCAGCGUGUCCAGGCGGAGAGAUCAUGUACUCCACCUGCACACUCUCUCAAAUCCAGAACCUGGGUGUAGUGGAACAGGCCAUCCACGUGGCUCAAGAGAAGCACGGCAUCCACCUUGAGGUUGUCAAUCUGCGACCCCUCACACAUAUGUUUAGGAAAACCUUUCACUUCGCCUCUGAACUCCACCUGGGUGAGAUGGUCAUCCCACAUUUAGCCGCGAACUUUGGGCCAAUCUACAUGUGCAAGCUAAGGAGGCUGACGUAGGCUAUGGACUGAUGAACAGGUUUGCCCUAAAAGCUUUUGGACCUUUGGACUCGUGAGUAUUAAGUGACUCUCCGCGGUCAGAUUAAUACUCACUUACCUUUACAAACUGUUGGAGCACAGCUGAUGGACUUGACUUCUGACUUAUUUGAACUUUGGAAUAAAUGAAGUGUGGAGUUGAUGGACCCAACUGUGGACACACUGGACAGUGUUGAACAGCAGUUUGUUAUGGAGACCUGUAAGCCAACAGGAAUGUCAAAUUUCAGUUUUGGGAUUCUUGACAAUUUUUCAGCACAAUGCAAUAUAAAUGUACUGAGGACUGGAACCAACUUUGUGGUGUGACUUUUACUUGCAGUUAUCUUUUUGCCCCAUAGGUGGCAAUGUUAGCUAAAGAGUAAAGGUAUCCUCCAUGUUUCCUUCCCACUAGGAGACACUAAGCAUUUAUCUAUAAAGGUUACAGAAACUCCAGCACAUACAGUGUUUCCUCCUCUGUGUCAGAUGCAUAAAGAUGAAUGUUUCAGGUCGUGGAACCACAUUACUGAAACUCAAAUUUCUAUCAGAAUUACCUGCUCUCUUUAACUCUCCAGUGAAAAUGGGUUUGGCUUGUUCUAUGGUUAUUCAUCAGGUUUGAUGGCUUUGCCUAAUAAUGCGAUAUGCGGCUGUGUGGAAGGAGGGCGUAAUGAACAGGCAGGUAAUGACUUAUUUGACCAUUUGGCUUCUCACAUCUGAAUCAGUGCAAGUUUCAUUAUUAUAGCUGGAUUGUCUCCGUUUUGCAUUGACAUCACCCAGAGGUGAAAUGUUUCCUCUUAUCACAACCUAAUGUGAGCGCAGAGGUGCCUCUUUUUCCAUCACACCGCCGAUGACCCUUUAUGUUGUCCUGCCCAGGCAAUGUAGCGUGAAAAAGGUGUGUGUGUGUGUGUGCGCACCCUUGAGUAUGUGUGUGUCUAACGAGUCCACCAACCACAUCCCACUGUCAUUAAGCUGCUCCAAGUGCAGGAGCUGACUCCCAUCCGUGUGCAGGGAUGGACGGCAGCCAUGCGGCUCCCAGAUGAACAUUAAAGAGGCAGCAGAGAGCUAAAAUGGGACGCUUCGCCCUGUUUUGCCCCUCCGCUUUUUUAUUCCACAGAUGAGUGCAGAUAAUUUUCUGUGCGAUUGUGAGUGAUUACUGUAUUACUGCGGUAAAAGGGGGAUGUAUCGGGGAAUGCAGAGGGAAUUAAUGACACAUAAAAACUAUUUUUGUAUUGACUGCUUUCGUCUCCAGGGCCUUGAAUGCCUCUUCGCACAUCUUGUGAUUACCUAAACGUAUUGUAAAUAUGUGUUUCCUAUGGGCUCUUACAUAAAUUUACAUGUUUUAACACUCAGGAGACGGCAGACUGUUAGAGAUGACUUACUCUCUAUUCUGCCUGUCUAUAGACUCGACUGGCUGCCUGCUUUAUUAUUGAAUUAGCCAAUGAAGCGCUGUGCAUUUGUGUCCCUAUGUGUAAGCCUGUGUUAGGGAGACAUAUGCUGUGUAUUAGAAAGAUGAACAUUAUGGAUUUAACUACACAGCCAUGCCUCUGUUGUGUUUUCAAAUACAAUUUAAAUGUUGCAUUUUAUGUCAAUAAAGAUGCAGCACGCUGUCAUUCAAGUUUGCACCUCGUACGA